AUUCAUCCUAAUAGUCUUUGCUUUAUUGCCUCAGAAAUUCAGCAAGCAAAAGGAGGGAGAGAAAGAAGUCAUCAACCCAAACUCUCUCUCCGUUUCCUUUAUAUAUCACUUUCUUCACCUUCUCAAUUUUUGGAAGAGACACUCCCAAAAAAAACCGAACCCUUCGUUUUUCGCCUCAAAAUUCACAACACAGUUUGUUUCGGAGUGAAAAAAAGCGAUUAUCACAUAAGCUGAGGGUUUUAUAAGGAAGAGCUUUAGGUUUGACAAUGAAGAAGAUUUCGAAGAGCAGCUGCAAAUCUGCAUCGCACCGGCUUUUUAAGGACAAGGCGAAGAAUCGCGUUGAUGACCUGCAGCUGACAUUCAUGGAUUUGCAGUUUGCUAGGAAGGAGAGCCGAACUGUUGAUGCUGCGGUUCUGGAGGAACAAGUGCAUCAGAUGCUUCGUGAGUGGAAGGCUGAACUGAACGAACCUUCUCCUGCUUCUUCUUUGCAGCAAGGUGGAAGUCUUGGGUCAUUCUCCACCGAUAUCUGUCGGCUUUUGCAGCUCUGUGAGGAAGAAGAUGAUGCCUCUAGUCCAUUAGCUGCACCUAAACCUGAACCUAAUGAUCAGGCUCUUCAGGCGGGGGAUAAAGUCAUUUUUCAAGCGGGCCAGCAGCAACAUGAUUUCCCGUUGGUUGAUGAGCGCAAGCAGUCAACCUCAGGAGUUCAAGCCGUGGCAACUAACAUUCAGGAUGGGCCUGCUUUAGAAUAUCACCAGUUUGAUUUGCAUCCAGACUUUGAUCACAGCUUAUAUACUGGUUUCAAUGGUACAGGUUAUUCUGAGGAGGAAGCUAUUCCUCAUAUAUCUAGCUAUCUACCAAGUACAUGCCCUCCUCCUUCUGCUUUCUUGGGCCCAAAAUGUGCACUUUGGGACUGUCCGAGGCCUGCACAAGGGUUGGACUGGUGUCAAGAUUAUUGCAGUAGCUUUCAUGCUGCUCUAGCUUUGAACGAAGGGCCACCAGGCAUGGCCCCAGUUCUUCGACCUGGGGGCAUUGGUUUAAAGGAUAAUUUACUCUUUUCUGCUCUUAGUGCAAAGGCACAAGGAAAAGAUGUUGGCAUCCCAGAGUGUGAGGGAGCAGCAACUGCUAAGUCUCCAUGGAAUGCACCUGAGCUCUUUGAUCUUUCUGUUCUUGAGGGCGAGACUAUUAGGGAAUGGCUUUUCUUCGAUAAGCCUCGAAGAGCAUUUGAAAGUGGAAACAGAAAGCAGAGGUCAUUACCAGAUUACAGUGGGCGUGGUUGGCAUGAAUCUAGAAAGCAAGUUAUCAAUGAAUUUGGAGGUCUGAAGAGAUCCUAUUAUAUGGAUCCACAACCUCUGAACCAUUUUGAAUGGCACCUCUACGAAUAUGAGAUUAGCAAAUGUGAUGUAUGUGCCUUGUACCGUUUAGAACUAAAACUUGUUGAUGGGAAGAAGAACUCCAAGGCAAAAAUAGCAAAUGAUUCAGUUGCUGAUUUGCAGAAACAGAUGGUAAAGCUCUCUGCUGAGUUUCCGCCUGAUAACAAAAGGCCGGCCAAAGGCAGAGCCAAGAUUAAUGCCAAAGUUGGCAUGGCUACUGUCUAUCCAGCUUCACACAGAGUGACCCCUCUAAAUGGAACAUACGAAUAUGGGUUAGCUGCACCAUACGACUAUCUUGCUGAGAACAUGGGCGAUUAUUAUGGGACAUGAUCUGAUACCACAUUGGAGUCAAGUACAACAUGCUGCAUUCAACAUGCUUAUACAUUAUUCAAUGCUGUUUCUUUUUUUGUUUUGGCCAACCUUUUUCUGAUUUUCUUUUUCUCCCUUCCCCUAGUAACAAGAAUCCAAGGCCAUUUUUGUUUGCCUUGUCAAGAUAUUGUGAAUAGCUCAUUCUCACUGGAGUGCGACAUUGGAAGCUGCUGGAUGCUAGGUUCUAACCUAAAACUUACAGCAAUUGCUGUUUGUCAUUUAUGAUUUGCACUUUGUUUGAUGCUAGAAUCUAUCUAGCAUCAUUGGAAUUGCCCUGCUCUUUAAGCUCUAUUGCUGUGAUUCAACUCUGAUUAUAUUCUCCAAAUUAUGAUCUCAAUUUAAGUCAUUUCAGUAUUUUGUAGCUGCAGGACAAACCUUUACAGGUACAUAGUAUUAGCCAUGUAAUAAAAAUGUUUCAGUCUCAUUGAGUAAUUUUUGAAUGAUUCAAGGAAAUCUUUGAAAGCCAUCAGUAAUAUGAGCUACCUAUCUUGUUUUUGA